CGGGUACAAUACUUAGUAUUAACAUUCGCUAAUGCUUAAUGUUAUAAUAGAAUUUUGUUAACUAUGCAAGGCAGUACUUCCAGUUGUUGACUAAUCACUUGGUGGUGGGGAGAGUUAGAAAACUCUUUUUUUUUUUUUGAUCAAGAGUUAGAAAACUCUAAUUGCAUUAAACUAAAUCAUUACAAAUCAGUAAACACGUUUUUUAUAUGUAAAUAAUUGACUACGUCACAGUUACUCUCUCAUCUUUCAUCAGACAACCAAGAUUCAGAAACUUGUUGUCUUCUUCCUCCCAUGGCUAUCAACAACUUUUUGCUCUUCAGUUUGACUUUCCAGCUGCUCCUUCUACUUCGUGGUUCAUCUGAAUCUUCACGAAUCACCGGCGAUGUGUCGCGAACGCCCAAGAAGUUCCUCGAAUUAGCCAAGAGUCAGGAUCUUUUUGAUUGGAUGGUGAGAAUCAGAAGGAAAAUCCACGAGAAUCCAAAGCUGGGUUUCGAGGAGUACGAGACCAGUAAACUCAUUAGAUCGGAGCUGGACCUCAUGGGAGUUAAGUACAGGUAUCCAGUCGCUAUCACCGGCGUUGUUGGUUAUAUCGGCACGGGAGAACCGCCGUUCGUCGCGCUGAGAGCUGAUAUGGAUGCGUUACCUAUGCAGGAAGAUGUUGAAUGGGCGCACAAGAGCAAAGUACCUGGUAAAAUGCACGCUUGUGGACACGAUGGUCAUGUCGCUAUGCUUCUUGGUGCUGCCAAGAUGCUUCAAGAACAUCGCCAAGAUUUGCAGGGAACUGUGGUGCUUAUCUUCCAGCCAGCUGAAGAAGUUUUCGCCGGAGCGAAGAAGAUGAUAGAAGAAGGAGCUUUGAAGCAUGUGGAAGCCAUUUUCGGGAUUCAUCUUACCAACCGGGUUCCCUUUGGCAAAACCGCUUCACUUGCAGGUUCCUUACUGGCUGGAUCUGGCUUCUUCGAGGCUGUAGUAACUGGUAAAGGUGGUCAUGCUGCCAUCCCACAACAUACCAUAGACCCAGUUAUUGCAGCUUCUAGCGUCGUCCUAAGUCUUCAACAUCUGGUGUCACGUGAAACCGACCCUUUGGAUUCAAAGGUGGUUACAGUUUCUAUGGUUCAUGGAGGCAAUGCCUUCAAUGUCAUCCCUGAUUCAAUCACAUUAGGAGGAACUCUCCGAGCAUUUACUGGGUUUUCUCAGCUUCAACAAAGAGUCAAAGAGGUUAUCACAAAGCAAGCAACAGUUCACCGGUGCAAUGCACCAGUGAAUCUAACACCACACGGUAAAGAACAAGUCCCACCAUUAGUGAACGACAUGGACUUAUACAAGCAGUUCAAGAACAUGGUCGGAGAUUUGCUGGGUGAAGAGUCAUUUGUGGAAGCAUCGCCUGUUAUGGGAGGAGAAGACUUCUCCUACUUUGCAGAAGCAAUCCCUGGCCACUUCUCUUUCCUUGGAAUGCAAGAUGAGACAAAAAGUUAUGCCUCUACUCACUCAUCGCUCUAUAGAGUCAACGAAGAUGCGCUUCCCUACGGUGCUGCAAUGCAUGCAUCGAUGGCCGUACAAUACCUACAAGGCCACUAAACGGUCCGACUCACCCAAAGAGGAACUCUAAAACCACUAUCUGAUUUUAUUACAACUUUGUUCAUAGUUCAUUGGAUAUUUCUAUAGACCAUAAAAGACACUUGUCAGGUUAUUAGUCUUAGAAUUCAAACUAAAUGAUUAAACCCAUGGUUAGUUUGUGUUGGAGGCUGAUCAUCAGAUUCAAAACUAAGAUCGUAUUUCAUAGCAUGGAAUCAAAACAUAUAGAGUUAAGAACCAAAGAUACAUGACUAAAACAAACGGAGAAAGAUCAAGUUACAAAAAGAGCAAUAGAGCUUUGAAAGAAGCAUCUCUUUCAUGCAAAUAUCAUCAAUCUUCUACUUCUCAGAAGAGUUGGGUCCUCUCUUCUUACCGAAACCAACAACUGCAAA